AUGUUGCCAUACUCAGCUAGUAAUUAUGGCCUGCCGGCCUCAGCUCUGAGGAGCACAGAGCCUAGUCAGCAGUCACAGUUGGAGUCUGUUCCCUGGCGUCCAGAGAAGAGGAUGAAGCUCAUCCCGGGGUCUGUUGCACUCUUGUUCCCUGAUGCUGUCAUCUGUGGUGACGCUGGGACUUGUUUCUGUUUGCCUUUGCUGAAGAAUCGCUGCGUGGCUGUCUGUCUGGCACGGCUUGACAACCACGACUUCACGUGUUUGUUCGCUGUUUCUACCGAGAGGGAACAUCCAGUCUCUGUUACUGUACUUGUGCCUCAGCAAAUAACAGCUGCAGUGACACCCACAAAAUGCGCCUGCCCUCCAAGCAGCACCCACCCUCCAAGCAGCACCCGCAAAAUGCGCCUGCCCUCCAAGCAGCACCCACAAAAUACGCCUGCUCUCCAAGCAGCACCAGUUCACCUUGCUGUGCAUGGGGCGCUCUGUCAUCUGAAGGACUCGGCGCCUAGCAAACGGCUCCUGAGCGUUGCUUGCCUGGAGAACUACAUUUCCCAGAAGCAUGCAGUGUUCAAAGCCAGGGCCACGCAGGCGGGGGACGUGACGUUAAACGCUGCAAUAAACCUCGCCACGUGGAUUUUGGGUUUUGUUGAGUCUUGCGUCCUCCUUUCGUCUCCGAGAAGAAGAACACUCCCCGAGAAGAAGAACAUGCCGCGGAAGAGAAGAAGAACACUGACCAAGACGAAAACGUUCCAGAAUCCCCAGGACUCUAGUAGUGCCCUGAAAUGCACGCGAUUAGCCAGCACUACAUCUCCCGGCGUGCCUUGCUCUCACGUCAAUUGCUGUGGCAAGACCCGGAAAGCGGCUCUGGACUGCCCGCGAUUUCCCAGUCUAUCAGGUUGCACUUUGAGGAGGACGGCGCUGUCGCGGGGAGCCACCGACCCGGACCCGGACCCAGACCCGGCCGAUAUCCGGCCUCUCAAGCCUUGUCUGCUGCACCGCCAACACAACCGCGAUCAGUACGGCGUGGCGGCCUCCUGCCUCGAGGAGCUGAGGCGCAAAGCUUGCGAAGUACUGGCCAUUGAUGAGUCCCUGACACCAGUCACCCUGGUCCUGGCAGAGGACAAUUCAAUAGUGGACGAUGACGACUACUUCCUUCGUCUCCCUUCAAAGACCAAGUUUGUGGCAUUGACCUGUAAUGAGAAGGGGGCGUAUGACAAUUCGGAUGGAGCAACAGCCUGGGUUUCCCAAGAGUCCUUUGAUGCCGACGAAACAGACAGAGGAAAACAGGUAAAGUGGAAGGAUUUGGCCAGGAUGCUGAAAGAGGACCUGUCCAACAUCAUCCUGCUGUCAGAAGACGAGCUCCAAGUGCUCAUUGACAUCCCGUGUUCAGAACUGGCUCAGGAGCUUUGCCAAAGCUGUGCCACUGCCCAAAGGGUCCAGAACACGCUCCAGGAGGCGCUUGACCAGAUAGAGGAUGCCCGCCAGUUCAAUCAGAUGCUAGAACAGUUUUAUCGGGCUAAGGAAGCCGCCAUCUUAGCCAAUCAGGAAGAGCCCAAAGCCGCCCUCGGUGGAGAAGUGGAUGCAGUGGACAUGGGCAUCAGCAAAGAGAUGGCUUCCGAAGUGGCACUUAAAGCCAGAUCCUCACUGUGCUGAAGGAGAAGCCUGAGCUUAUCUAGUCAGGAUUUGGAGCUGGUCUCCAAGGAGGACCCCAGGGCCCUGGCUGUUGCCUUGAGGGACUUAAAGAAAGCAGAGACAGUCCAGCGGGCCUGCAGCAAGGAGCUCGCCUGGAGCUUGUGCAGGGGAUACGUUCCCUCAGGAAUGUCUGGUGAGGGAGAUCCACUGCCUGAGGAACAGCAGAGCCCCAAACGCGCCAGACAAGACCCCAAGUAG